AUGUCUGAGCCAGCACAAAAAAAGCAAAAACUAUCGUCCCUUGACCAAUUGAAGGCAACCGGUACGGUUGUUGUGGCAGACACAGGUGAUUUUGAAUCUAUCGCCAAGUUCCAACCACAGGACUCAACCACCAAUCCUUCUUUGAUUUUGGCCGCUGCUAAGAAAGAAGGCUACUCCAAGUUGAUUGACGUUGCAGUCGCUUACGGUAAGAAGACCGGUAAGACUACCGAACAGAAGGUUGAAAAUGCAGUUGACAGACUAUUGGUGGAGUUCGGUAAAGAGAUUUUGAAGAUCGUUCCAGGCAGAGUCUCCACCGAGGUUGAUGCCAGACUAUCCUUCGACACAGAUGCCACCGUCAAGAAAGCUCUCCACAUCAUAGACCUGUACAAGUCGGUCGGUGUUGACAAGGAAAGAGUGUUGAUCAAGAUUGCUUCCACUUGGGAGGGUAUCAAGGCAGCAGAAGAGUUGGAAAAGGAACACGGCAUUCACGUCAACUUGACCUUGCUAUUUUCCUUCCCACAAGCUGUUGCGGCUGCAGAAGCAGGUGUCACUUUGAUCUCUCCAUUUGUCGGCAGAAUCAUGGACUUCUACAAGGCCAAGACCGGUAAGACUUACUCUGGUGAAGAGGAUCCAGGUGUUAUCUCUGUUACCAGAAUUUUCAACUACUACAAGAAAUACGGCUACAAAACUAUCGUCAUGGGUGCCUCUUUCAGAAACACUGGUGAAAUCAAGUCUUUGGCCGGCGUUGACUUUUUGACUAUUUCUCCAGGUUUAUUGGACGAGUUGUACAACAGUACCGACGCCGUUCCAAAAGUCUUGGAUGCUGAAUCCGCUAAGGAAGAAGGAGAAGACAAAGUAUCCUUCAUUACAGAUGAACCAACUUUCAGAUACGAAUUAAAUGAUGACGAAAUGGCAACAGAAAAAUUAGGUGAUGGUAUCAGAAAGUUCUCCGCUGAUAUCGUUACUUUAUUCGACUUGAUUGAGAAGAAGGUAACUGCUUAA